AUGUAUCUCCGUAGGGCGGUCUCCAAGACCCUGGCGCUGCCUCUGAGGGCGCCCCCCGGCCCCGCGCCACUCCGGAAGGACGCAUCUCUUCGCUUGAUGUCGUCUAACAAAUUGCCUGGAUCAUCUGGAUCAAAUAUGAUCUAUUAUCUGGUUGUAGGUGUCACAGUCAGUGCUGGUGGAUAUUAUACUUACAAGACAGUCACAUCAGAGCAAGCCAAACACACGGAACAUGUAACAAAUUUGAAAGAAAAAACCAGAGCAGAGUUACAUCCACUCCAAGGUGAAAAAGAGAACCGUGUGGAAGCUGAGAAAGCAAGUUCAGAAGUCCCUGAAGCGUCUUUAGUGGAAGUACAGGAGGCAGAUGCAGAAGAUACCCCGGAUGCUACAGGUGCAGCCACGAGAGAGGCUUCAGCCCGACCAGGUGAUUUGGAGGACGCUCUGGUGGAGACAGACACGGUCGGUGCCGAAGCUGGGGCAGAGGUUACAGAUGCAGCACCCAGCACAGUGGCAGAAAUCAGCACUGAAAUGCCCUCAGAGGUUCAGAAUGCAGCUUUGGAUGAAGCUGUCGCCAUCAGUAAUGAUAAAGGGACAACAGAGAAGGAACGCUCUGGUGAAACUGCUGAACUGGAAGAAGAGAGUCCUCCAGCUGAGUCAGAAUCCUCUGCUGGGGAUGAUUUACAGGAGGAAGCCAGUGUUGGUUCUGAGGCAGCCUCUGCUCAAGGCUGA